CAAUGAUUCCCAUCAACAUCAUCGGCACCCUCUCUCCAGUUGCCAAAAUCGCAUCCGCACUCACUGAUACUCUGUUCGGUCGUUUUUACCUCCAAGUACAUUUGCAGGAUCUCGAGCUACGGAGCGCCGACCGACGAUGACAUAGGCCUCCGGCAUCAGGUCUUGGCAUCGGAGUGCAUUGCAUCGCGCAGCGCAGCCUGCUGUCUGUCCCGGGGACGGCUGCUGCUGCUUCAGAUUCCACCCUCCAUCUCGGCACCGAUUGCUGGAGCCAUCCUACUGCGGCCAUGGCCGACUCCGAGAGAUCGCCCCUUCUCUCCGCUGCUGGCAGCGGCAAAGCGCCCCAUGGCCGUGAGCCCGACGAGCCGGUCGAGUCGACCCCGCUGCUGUCCAGCUCAGCUGCAACCCCACGCUACGAUGGCGAGCGGGACGACGCCCACCUCAGCGACGCCGCCUCUGUUGCGUCGCGCGCUACAGAUCCUGCCUCGGUCAGACCCGCGCAGACCAGAUCAAUACGAUGGCCAUCCGUUAUCGCCAUGAUCGUUCUCUCGCUCUUCGCGCUUGCCGUGCUAAUCCUCGCCUUCAUUGUUCCGGCCGCCGUCCAGGAGUAUGCGAAGGAAGCAGCCGUCCUUGAACCCACGAACCUGUCGCUCGAUUCUAUUACCUCUAACGGCGUGAGAGUGAGGAUACAAGCCGAUUUCCGCCUAGAAGCUCAGCGUGUGGAAAACGAGCAUGUCAGGCGAGUAGGCAGGGCCGUCACUUGGCUCGUCGGAGAGCUGGGGGCGGAUGAGACCAAGAUCAACGUUUAUCUCCCCGACUAUGACGACCUCCUGCUUGGAACUGCGGUUGUCCCUCCAUUGACGGUCAGCAUCGUGGAUGGCCGCAACAACGCCGUGGAUUUUGCAGCCGACCUUGUUCCGGGCGAUGCCGAGGGCAUUCGCAUGAUUGCGAAUGAAUGGCUGGAGGGGAAGCUGAACAGCGUUCGGCUCAGGGGGCAGGCCGACGUCCAACUUCGAGCGGGAAUUAUUCCUCUCGGAACACACGCCAUCGCGGAGUCACUCACGUUUGAAGGCGGCGACUUGCCUACCAUUCCCGAGUACAAUAUCACCAAAUUGAAUUUCGAGGAGAAGAUCCUUCUCGGCGGCAAGGUCAAAGCCAUGGCGGCCGACGUCACCGUAGCGUCCUUCAAUGACUACCCAGUAUCGCUCGACGUGCCCCCGAUGGGCUUCGAGAUCCUCGUGCCCGGAUGCAAUCCCACCGACCCAUCCAUCCUGGUUGCCGCCUGCGCCACUGACCCGGUCGCCGUGAGGCCUCGCGCACCCGUUGUCGUAGACGCUCAUGGUCUCAUCAAAGAGCUUCCCGAUUCUCUCACCCAGUUAUGCCCUGGCUCGGACUCAUCGCCGCUGGACAUGCUGUUCAAGAAAUACCUCGCUGGCGAGACGGCAACGGUCUUGGUGCGCGGAAUGGACUAUCCGGCCGGUGGUACCCCUCGCUGGCUUGUUGAGCUUCUAUCCAGCAUUACGGUGCCGGUACCGUUUCCGGGGCGCACGUUUGACAACUUGAUUCGGAACUUCACUGUGACAGACGUCCACUUCACCCUACCAGACCUCGGAGCGGACCCGAACGACCCGGAAUCCAGGCCCAGGGUAUCGGGAACCAUCCUAGUGCUUGCCGGGCUUCCGUCCGAGAUGAACUUCUCGCUGAACGUCACGAGCGUUCGCGCAAAUGCUGAUGUCUUCUACCGAGGCAACAAGCUCGGAGAGCUGAACCUGAAGGAAUGGCAGAAAGCAAAUUCGACGCAGAUCCCGGCUACCAAGGAGCGCGAGGCCAUGCUAAAGAUCCAGUCGCGCAUCAACGACGCUCCGCUUGACGUGACCGACCCUGACGUCUUGACCGACGUGAUUCAGGCUCUGCUAUUUGGCGGCAGACAGGUUAUUCUGGGUGUGGAGGCUCUUGUGGAUGUCCGGGUGGAAACAAUACUCGGCGAGCUCGUGGUGAAAGCAGUCCCCGCCAAGGGGAAGAUCCCCGUAAACCCUCUCGGAAGGGAUGUCAUGGGCUCUGUGGCACCCAAAGUGGGAAGAGUUGAAAUCACCGACACGACCGCUACGUCCAUCUCGCUCAAAGCAUCCGUGAAUAUCACAAACCCGACGCCGUACUCGGCACACAUUCCGUUUAUCAGCAUACAUGUGGAAAGCAACGGCACAACGAUUGGCGAAGCUCGGGCCGAGAAUCUAGAGGUCAAACCAGGGAACAACACGAACCUUCCCGUAUCAGCAACCUGGAACCCGUCGAUGGGCGGAAAGGAAGGCGUCCAACAUGGCAGGGAGCUCCUGUCUCAGUAUCUAUCAGGCUACAACACAACAGUCACUGUCCGCACCCACCGCGGGUCCGUUCCCUCGCUCCCGCACCUCGGCGAAGCCCUGUCUCGUCUCAACCUGACCCUCCCCGCCCCUCGGCUCAGACUCCCCGGCAGUGACCACGACGGGGAGUCCGGAGAUGGCGACGACGAUGACGGACAGGCGCGCUUCAUCCGCGACGCCACCUUCCACGUCCUCUCGUCCACAGCGACGUUCACGCUGGUGUCUCCGCUCGCGCGCAACACCGUCUUCAUCGACGCGGUCAACGCCACGGCGCUGUACAACCACACGGAACCCAUCGGCAGGAUCGAGUACGCGCUGCCGUUCGCGGCGCCGCCGGGCGCCUCGACCACGCCGCGGCUGCCGGUCGACUGGUCGAUCGACUCGGUCGGCUACGGCAAGCUCCGGGAGGCGCUGGGCGGCACGAUGAAGCUGGAUGCCAGGGCCGUGGUGGCCGUCAGGUUGGGCAGGUGGACCGAGACGGUGUGGUACGUCGGGAAGGGGAUAGGUGCGGGUGUCAGGCUGUAAUUGAUUGUCUUUUCGCGUUGAAGCGUAUGGAAUCGGCAUUAUUGCGUUUUCGUGGGUUUCGGGAAGCUAGGGAGAUACGGGUUAUGAAUAUGAUGUGGCUUCUGCACAUCGCGGCGCAAUGGUAGUACCUAGAGCAGAAGAGGGAUACAGGACUCUGGGAUAGGGGGUUGGCGUGGGUGGCGUCACAGUUAAGUGCUAGGCUUUCAGUUACCCCUGCAAAGGUCUCUGCAUGAGUUCUCUCAACACUGGAAGCUAUGCGGGUUGUUACAUCGCGAGACGGAAAUGGAUCAUUCCUGCUGCUCCAAAAGUUCAAUUUGCUUCUUGUUUCC